AUGUCUCACGUUGACAGAUAUGAACUCCAACAAAACGGAGUAGAUUCUGGAAAGGAACGAAAGAGAUCCAGAAGUCGCAAAGCUCAACCUAAUCGAUCGACAAUUGACAAUCGUCCACCAUGGAAUAAUGGCUAG